AACAGAGGUCGGUCCAGAUAGCUUUGGGCAGGCGAUUUUGGUUCUCGGUUUCGUGGCGUCCCAGCGUCGGCGGUGGCGGCAGCGGCAUCGGCAGCUGGACAUGGCGCCCGAAGCGUUCGGAGAGCCCGACACAGGCGAAGUCCUGCCCCAGCACACGCUGGACCAGAGGUCGCUGGAGGACUACCUGAGCCGGCACUUGGCCGGCUUCGGAGCCCAGCCCACAGCGGCGCUGAGGAUCGCCCAGUACAGAUCAGGACAGUCCAAUCCAACCUUUUACCUUCAGAAGGGACAUCGAGCUUAUGUACUCAGGAAAAAACCACCUGGCUUUCUCCUUCCUAAAGCACACAAGAUUGAUAGAGAAUUCAAUGUGCAGAAAGCCUUGUUUACUAAUGGAUUUCCAGUCCCUAAGCCUCUACUAUACUGCAGCGAUGUCUCUGUGAUUGGAACCGAAUUUUAUGUGAUGGAGCAUGUACAGGGUCGGAUCUUUCGUGAUUUCAGUCUUUCGGAAAUUAGCCCAGCAGAACGGUCUGCCUUAUAUGUGGCUGCAGUAGAAACCCUGGCCCGGUUGCAUUCGCUGAAUAUACAGACCUUGGGUCUGGAAGUAUAUGGUAAAGGAGAAGAGUACUGCAAGAGACAGGUGUCAACAUGGACAAGGCAAUAUCAAGCUGCUGCUCAUCAGACCAUUCCUGCCAUGAACCAACUCUCUGCCUGGUUAAUGGAAAACUUGCCCGAAAAGGACCAGGAGAAAAGUUUGAUUCAUGGCGAUUUUAAAUUAGAUAACUUGAUUUUCCAUCCAAAAGAGGCUCGUGUAAUAGCAGUUCUGGACUGGGAGCUUUCAACCAUCGGCCACCCUUUAUCAGACUUAGCAUAUCUUUGCUCCUUCUUCUUUUGGCCUAGGAACUUACCAGUGUUAAAUCAAAUCAAUAACUUGCAACAUAGUGCAGGGAUACCAUCAGCGGAAGAACUGGCUUUAAUUUAUUGCCACUGCAGAGGAAUUAGCACUACACUUCCCAACUGGAACUUCUUUCUUGCUCUUUCAUAUUUCAAAUUAGCGGGAAUAAUGCAGGGAGUAUAUGCCAGAUAUCUUCAGGGAAAUUCUGCAUCUGAAACAAGUGUUCUGUUUGCUGAUGUUGUCAAACCCCUAGCAGAGAUUGGACUGCAACUCACAAAGAGAACUCUGAGUGCUACAGUCUCACAGCCUGAUCCUACAGGAAGAUUGUUCCUCCAGACUAGGACAGGCCAAGAAGUUCUGCUGAGGGUGAAGCGUUUUAUGCAGGAAUACAUACUGCCAGCAGAGAAGGAGGUGAUAGAGUUCUAUAUUCACAAUGAAAAUUCACUGGACAAGUGGAAAACGCCUGUAAUGGUAGAAAAACUUAAGGAAAGGGCCAAAGCCGAGGGGCUCUGGAACCUCUUUCUGCCAGCUGUCAGCGGCCUCAGCCAGGUGGAUUACGCACUGAUUGCUGAAGAAACAGGAAAAUGUUUUUUUGCUCCAGAUGUUUUCAACUGCCAAGCACCAGAUACAGGGAAUAUGGAGGUACUUCAUUUAUAUGGAAAUGAGGAGCAGAAGAAGCAGUGGCUUGAACCUCUUCUUCAAGGAAGAAUUAAAUCUUGCUUCUGCAUGACAGAGCCUGAUGUCGCCUCUAGUGAUGCUACUAAUAUUGAAUGUACUAUUGAACGAGAUGGUGAUAAUUAUGUCAUUAAUGGCAAGAAAUGGUGGAGCAGCGGAGCUGGGAAUCCACAAUGUAAGAUUGCGAUUGUCUUGGGUCGAAGUAAAAGUUCUUCUGCACCCAGACACAAGCGACACAGCAUGAUACUAGUUCCAAUCAACACACCAGGAGUGGAAUUGGUAAGGCCACUGUCAGUCUUUGGGUAUUUAGAUAAUUUCCAUGGAGGACAUUUUGAGAUACAUUUUAACAAAGUACGAGUGCCCGUUUCCAAUUUAAUACUAGGGGAAGGAAGGGGCUUUGAGAUUGCCCAAGGACGACUUGGAGCUGGCCGCAUUCACCACUGUAUGCGAUCGAUUGGUAUGGCUGAAAAGGCUUUACAGAUCAUGUGUGAGCGAGCAGCCCAGAGAGUGGCCUUUCAGAAGAAAUUAUACACACACGAGGUGGUGGCCCACUGGAUAGCCGAAAGUCGCAUUGCUAUCGAGGAGGUGCGCCUGCUGACCCUGAAAGCGGCCCACAGCAUUGACACUGUGGGCAGUGCCCAGGCCAGGAAGGAGAUUGCCAUGAUCAAGGUGGCCGCCCCACGGGCUGUCUGCAAAAUUGUUGACCAGGCAAUUCAAGUUUGUGGGGGAGCUGGAGUCUCUCAGGAUUUUCCUUUAGCCAAUAUGUAUGCCAUGAUUCGAACCUUACGUAUAGCAGAUGGGCCCGAUGAAGUGCAUCUCUCAGCAGUUGCAAAAAUGGAGUUGCAAGAACAAGCCCGAAAGCUGACUGCUAGGAUCUAGGGCUGGGCAGCUUAGGGGGUCACUGAGUGUUUAAGGGGGCCGGGAGACAGCCACACCUGUUUGAGCAGUACAAGAAUCAUGAUGGAUAAUUGUCCCUUCCUGUUGAAUUUCAUGUUUUUGCAGGAAAUUGAAAGAUUCUUUGAUAGCCCCAUAAUGAAUCAAAGCAUAGGAAAUAUCUAGAUCAAAAUUUUUCAUUGUUUCCAAAUCAUUAACUAUUACCUUGCCUACCACCGAUAUUAAUUCUAAUAUCUAUCUGGUUAACUGAAGAUGUAUUCCCACUGAAGAUGUAUUCCAAAUAGCUAAUUCAUUAACCAUCAGUCACCCAGACUGGUAGUAGGAUCUUUGAUUGGACUUUGGCUUUUUAAACUUCUAAUUUGAGUAAAUUGAUGGCAAAGAAGCAAAAGCAUAAUGAGAGGGGUACAGAAAGCUGUAAUAUUAGCUCUGAGGCCCCAAGCACUGUUUGGGGUUUUUGUUUUUUUGAAGAAAGAUUUAAAGCAGAGAUUCUGAACCUGGUGUUUGUAAACUUAUUUGCCGUUGUUGUUGUUGUUGUUUUAUAUUUUGAUAAUCAUAUUUCACUGUGAUUGAUUAACUUUGUGAUCUUCUAUGUUUAAUUUUAUGCAUUUAAAACUAAGAUUCAGAGAAGGUCUCCAGAGAUUCCCCAGACUGUGCCCCAUGGGCCCAUGGCACCCAGGGAAGGUCAGAAGUCCUCUUUAAAUAUGUAUUUGACUGUUUGUAGUAACACAAGGGAAAGCCUUCACAACAUCAUGCUUUUUUUUGCUUUCUUUUUAAAAAAAAUUUAUUUUAUUUUUAAAAAUUUUUUCCCAGUUACAUAUAAAGAUUUUUUUUUUGAGUUCCAAAUUUUUCUCCCAUCCUCCCUUCCCUCCCCUAUCCCAAAGCCAGCACACAAUCUGAUAUAGGUUGUACAUUACAAUCAUACAGCAUCAUUAUGGUUUGCCAUAAACUACAUAGAAUUAACUGUGGUUACAAAUUGUAAUAAACUUCUAGUGCAUCUAGAUUCCAAAAAGUAUUUCAGAUCUGUCACUCAAACGCCAGAUGUUGCAAGAAAACGAUCCAGAGCAACUUUAUCGGAUUGGUAGAUGGAUUGUCAGACCAUGAUAGAGUCUUGUCCUUUUGCUGCACCUCCACACCAGACCUGACUUACUGGGCCACGGUGAAACAGAGCCUUGUCAGAUGGGAACCUUUCAGUGAUGCACUGAGAUGCUUGGAGCUUUUAUGAUUAUUCUCUUGCAUGCCUUAGCCACACACCUCUUCCAUAGGCCAACAUUGUUGUUGAGAAAUCAGGUCUUUGUCUGUUGCUGGAAUGAGUUACUGUGAAUUAUAUCAAAAUGCCAAAUAAAGUAUUUUUCGAUUCUAACAAGG